CGCGCGCCGAGGGCCAAACGGCCGGGGCGGCGCGUGCAGCGCGUUGCGUUGCCGCGCGACGCCCCAAGCCGGCGGCCGUUGGAGGGCGGCGCGCGCAUGGCCAAGCUGGUGCUGGCGGGCAGGGCAAACUGCCCUUACUAUGCCAAAGCGGAGCUCCUGGCUGACUACCUCCAGGCAAACCUGCCGGACUUCAGGGUUCACAAGAUCACCCAGCACCCUGACAGGUGGGAGCAGUGGCUCCGUGACCUUUGUGAAAUGAAUGGAUGGCAGCACAGACAAUCUCCAAUCAUUUGGAGAGAACUUUUGGACCGUGGAGGGAAGGGUCUGCUUCUGGGAGGAGUUAAUGAUUUUCUGGAAUAUGCUCAGCACUAUUAUGGCAUCACCUCAAUGAUGUUGAGUGAGGAAAUGUUAGACAUUGCUGAGGAGAACCUACAGGCACUUGUGGAAACUGAAAAAGAGGAGGAGGAGAUUAGAAAUCUUACCAACCCUUUGCAGAUCUGGAUCACCAGUGCAUCAGCUCCUAUAUGCUAUCAGCUGAUACCUCUGUUGGCGAAUGGAGAAGUGUUUGGGAUGACCACUGAAAUCAGUAUCCAUUUGCUAGACACUGACGAGUUUAAGAACGAUCUUUGCGGUAUUGUAAUGGAAGUGGAAGACAUGGCAUUCCCACUCCUCCGAAGUAUUUCAGAGCACACUGAAAUAAAUAAGGCUUUUCUUCAAGCUGACAUUAUCAUUGUUCUUGAUGAUAUCCUCUUAAAACGUGAAGUCCAGUCCCUUGAGAAUUACAUCAGAAAAGUGAGUGAGAUCUGCUAUGUGUAUGCUCCCCUGAUUGAAAAGAAUGCAAAGAAAGAGGUCAGAGUAAUUUCAGCAGGAAAAACCUUUGUAAACCUUAAGGCGAUGAUGAUUAUCACAUACGGCCCAUCCAUUAAUCCUGAAAAUGUCAUUGCUGUUGCAACAUCCUGGGAAACCGCAGCUAAAGCCAUGCUGGCCAGGAAGCUGAAUAUGAAUGCAGCAGGAGUUAAAGAUGUGAUUGUCUGGGGCAAUAUUACUGGCUGUCACUACAUUGAUUUGUCACAUACAAAAAUUUACGGAUGUGACAGUGCUGUUUGGGGCCCAGCUAAUUUUUCACGUCCUUUGAUGAAUUUGAUUUAUGAUAGUGAAUGGAUCCAUUCAGAAUUUCUGUCUGCACGGAGUUCAUUGAGAUCCCGUGUCUGUCAUUGUGCAGCAAUGUUACCCGCUCAUGCAGUAGCUACAGUACUAAGAUACUGGUUUCAUGGUUCUCCUUCCGGGGAGAUUGUUUCUGUGGGAAUACUUAGUGAAGGUCAAUUUUGCAUUCCUGAAGGGAUUGUCUUUUCUAUGCCAGUGAGGUUCCAGAACGGUAGCUGGGAAGUCAUGACAGAAUUAGAAAUUAAUGAAACUACACAGGAAGCUCUGGAACGCUUAUCCCAUGAUCUGAUACAGGAAAAGCUCAUUGCACUAAAGAAAAUAAAAGAAAUGCAUCCAUAUGGACGUGAUAAAAUCACUACUAAAAAAAAAUUGCAUUAAGGGAUGGAAACCUUUCCUGCUGGCUUGGUUAAGCCAGAGAUGUCUUCAGGAGAAAAUGGUGAAAAUUCACAUUCUAAAACAAACUACAAAGAAAUGCUAAACAUUGUAAUUGCUUUUAUAUUGCCUUCUUCAUCCAAAACCCUGGGAGUCUGUAGGCAGAAAAAAUAUAUCAAAAAUGGUGUAAAUAUAACAGUUUUAAUCUGGUGACUAAAGCAAAACUUCUGACUUA